UUUAUUUACAGAAACAUGACCCUGCUGACCCUGAUGUACCUUUCAAAGAUGCUCACGACCUGUUGCUUCACACAGAGCACUGUCAAGCAGAUAAAGGAAAACAUGAAAUCCUAUGCCAAGGGCUAUGUUAUCCAAUACUAUGUGCCUUAUGUUAACACACAACCUGAUGAGCAUAAAAUGAAGCUCUUGAAACACCUAGAGGACAACCUGCUACUAAUUACCAGUACGGAGGACAAGGAGAUCGAUGGGAUGGACACACUGGUAAAGAGAAGAAGUAAAGUUUCCACAGACGUUGAAGAUAAUCUUGGUCCUAAAAUCAGAAGUUUGUCUGCAAAGGUUGACAGUAACGAUGGCUUGCUUGUCUCCAAUCCACAGAAUUUGAUGAGGGCAGUUUCCCGAGAUGUAGAGAACAGUCUCAUAGACGUCAUUGAAGCGAUCAUCGAUCAGCUACACAAAAAUAUGACUGGCGAUGCCCAACUGUAUAAUGUUUUGAAAGAAGCAUUGUUAUCAUGGUUUCAAUACCAUGCUGAACACGAUAAUAUGCAACUUCACAACCUUGACUUGGAGAAUCUGAUUAAUUGGCUGACACUUGUGCACAACUCACGGAGAAACGUCAGCAAAGAAGAGGAAUCCUUUUACACACACUGGAACACAUCCCUGCCUAUCUUGAGAGAUACUUUGUUGUUCGCCGAUACCGUCAAACCAUUGUCAACAUACGUAUCCCUUUCUCUGAUGGGCUUGACAGAUAGCUUCAUGAAUCUUUACUGGCCUUUCCGUCGUGACAUCAACCUAAUGAACCAAAGAUUAGCAGUCAAGGGUUUCAAGGGCACAGACGUGAGUGAAAGUGAUGCUAAGAAAGCGUUCUUUGGCGAAAUCAGAAAAAUUCAGCCGAUUCAUCUCCCUGUGAAGAAAAAUGAAAUUGUACUCAUCUUUGAUGAUGAGGACAUAGCAGAUUGGUUGAACGUCACAGGAGUUAUGUCCCUUUCACCAGCCUACAUGGCUUCUAAGAAACACAUAUUCACUGGGGAAGAGCAAAAGAGGAUAUCGACCACUGCACAUGCCGCUCUCAGGAUGAUCAACAACACUCAUCCUGAACUCUUUGACGCAAUGACACAGAUGAUAUCCUGCAUUGCUUUCUACAAACAAGAACACAAGGUUAACUUAGCUGGAGGAGUUCGCUCUGCCCUUGGUUUGUUCUGGAUGGACCCGAGUGUUGGGAGAGAAUGGAGCGUUCCCUUCAUGGCGGAGCAAAUAGUCCACGAGUACACCCACAACUCACUCAACUAUGCAGAAUUUGUCCAUGGAACCUACAACGAUAAAUCCACUUUGGGAAAGGCUGAGGUGAAAUCGGCCAUUCGUCUGGUUCCUCGUCCCUACGACAAAUCCCUGCAUGCAGCUUACGUGUCGGCGGGACUUGUAACCUUUCAUUCCAGGACUGGCUAUCUGGAAAGAGCUGCACAGCUGGUGGAAACUCUUCCCCAAGCCGUGCGUGAUCUGGCAACUGUGGAGGCAGAGAAGCAUGUGCUGGAUGGGUCGGGCAGGGCAAUAGUCAAGUUCCUCACUGACUACAUGUACCUCACAAGACUCUGAAUGUUCCAUGCUGAUUUUAUAUAAACUUUUUCAAUAAACGGUUGCCAACUAUAA